UCCCAGUUACAAGGCUUUCAAGUCCAGUUCCAAAAUGUGCGAGUCCAGUGACAGUCCGUAAUAUCUCCAGUCCUUUAACUAUCCCAAAGAGUGCUAUUCCAGAAACAGUUCCCAAUAGCGCAAGUCCAUUGUCAAUCACAAGACUUUCAAGUCCAGUUCCAAAGAUUUCAAGUCCUGUGACUGUCCCUAAUAUCUCUAGUGUGCCCAAGAGUUAUAGUCCUGAAACAUUGCCAAUGAGUGCUUCCCCAAUAAUGCACCCAUGGCUUACAAGUCCAGGGACAGUUCCAAAAAGUCCUGCUCAAGUUAUCAGAAAACAUUACACAGUUACAGGCACUAACAGUCCCAGAGCUUCACCAGUUCCACUUGCUGCUGUACCAUCAAAUAAGCCGUCUGCCCCUCCUAGAGAAAAGCAGGGAGGUGAAACACUGGGUUUAUCAUGGCCAUGUCGGGAGCCUUUCUUAGAUGAGGCUUUAGACAAACUCUUGGCCCCCAACUCCAACCAGUUGAGUGAGAACCAGCCACCUGCUUCCUCUAUGUCCGGAGAUUAUGACAGAUAUUGGGAGGAGGAAGAGGGGAGUUACACUGAUUACAGCCGAGAGGGAACCCUCACACCCAUGACUGAGUCCAGCUGGAUGGAUGAGUGCCCCACCCCCUCCACCUGCCCCGGGACACCAGAUGCAACGCUGGAGCUUCCGACACAGCAGCCCUCUGCAGUCGAGCGACUAUCUGCUUCUGGCCAACUGAAGAACGUUAUCCGGCGCACCAAGGAGACCUCCAAUGUGCAUCCAAUGUUCAGGGAGGCAAUGUUACGGCGUAAAAUGGGGCCAGUCAUUGUGAAUAAGAGCAACUCGCAAGAUCGACUCAUUAUGGAACUGCAGGGGAAACUGGGGUGUGGGAAAGUGGAGCGCAAGCGUAAACAACAGCCGGAUGAUUGGAGGACAGAGGGAGUCAUCGUCAUGUCCAACCCACAGCGAACACGAGAAGAAAGGGGCCAGCCAUCUGUGGAUAAGGUAGACAUUAGAGGGGCACAGCAGGAGUCAGUGCUACUAAGUGAGACCAAGAGUUCGUAA